AUAGACGAGAGACGCCAUUGGCAGAGACAAAAGAAAGGACGACAGUCCAUUCUAACUUUUAAUAACCUUUUUAUUACUAUAGACCUUAUUAAUAAUACUAGAAGUGCAGUAAUAAGAAGGAGGAAGCUUAUAAAAAGAGAUAAUAAAGUUAAAUUUAUUACUAUUAAAGGAGCAGUAGAACAGAAUUUAUAUACUAGCAGGCUUAACAGCGCUAUAAUUUUAAAAAUCUUAUUAUUACCUGCAGUAAAAAUUAGGUUAUAA